CUUCUCCAUUGUUUCCUAGGACUGGAGACAAUGACUAAUCUCCAGGAAAUCAUCACUGGAUACAGGACAACUUUCCAGAAGCAACGAUUCAUGGCAGCAGCAGCUAUGAAAAGAAUGAAGAAUUAUUUCUACUGGCUUUAUUUUCAAUACAUGAUAAUUACCUGCUCCAUUGACUUCGAAUAUUGGGAACAAAUAGUGAUCCACAUUUUUGUUACAACUACUUUUACCAUGCUGGCAUACACAGCUUAUGUGUUCAUUCCUAUUCAUCUGCACCUGGCAUAUCAGUUCUUUCUACAAUUUUUAAUCAAAUAGCAAAGGAGGACACUGAACUAUACCUAUUGCAACCAAGGCUGGGUGCUUUUGUGUAUUUUUGCUUCAUCUGUGUAAAUAGAAAAUUUAAAAACAUUUAAUAUCUUUCCUUCCUAAAUUAUUAUAUCAACUGACACCCUUAGAUGUGUUAACUUGGAGGAGUUGCUAAAAUAUAUUUUACCACAUUUAAUUUUUUUUAAUUUUAUUAUCAGACAACAAAAUGAAGUGAAACUAAAAGUGGAUAGAGAUAGUAAGUAUCAAAAAUGUAUAGAAACUGAUAAACAAAAGAAAUGGAAAAAUGAGUUUGUCUGAUAUUAAAGAUGUAAUUUAAGACUUAUAAACUAAAGCCUUCUGAACCUGCCAUAAAAUGUGUUAAGAGAAAUUUUUAUUUGGCACUUUGUUUCACUGCUAAUAUUUAGAGAUCUGUUGUUUGUCUUGGAAAUUGGUGCUGAUAUUAACAGCAAUGCUGUAUAACAAUCCAUCAGAUUGGAACUAUGACACAGAGUGUAAAAAGUCUGCCCUUGAUAUUAUUUGAUAAUACAGUAUAAAAAUAUGUA